UUGAUUAGCUCUUUUUCUUACUGUUCUUCUUCUUCCGCAUCAAAAAACCACCACAAGUCUCUCUUCCGAGUCAACCAGCCUUAAUUAUACACAAAUCCACACUCACACUCCAAUUUUUUCCAUCAAUUAAUGAUCUAAACAAUGAUCAAUAUUUUUUCAGAUCUAUUGUUUGUAUUGCCCCUUUUGGCCUUUCUAUUUCUGUUUCUGCUGCUUCUAAAAACAAAGCCUUCUUUCGGCGGCGGCGGGCGGCGCCGCAAAACGCCGCCGGAGCCGGCGGGUGGUUGGCCUGUAAUCGGGCAUCUACAUCUCCUCGGCGGGGGGCUCCCGCCCCACAGGGUCCUGGGAGCUUUCGCCGAUCGCUACGGCCCCAUCUUCACCGUCCGUUUGGGCGUGCAUCCGACGGUUGUCGUUAGCAGCCCGGAAUCCGUCAAGGAAUGCUUCACUAAAAAUGAUCGGGCCCUCGCCAAGCGGCCCGCUACUACUCACGGCGUCUAUCUCGGGUACGACUUUUCCAGCUUCGGGUUCUCCCACGGCCCGUAUUGGCGCGAGGUCCGCAAGCUCGUCUUGCAGGAGAUGCUCUGCGCGAGGAGGCUCGAGAUCAUGACACGUGUCAGAGAAUCCGAAGUCCACGUCAGCAUCGCGGAAUUAUAUGAAGCAGCUAUGAAUCAGGCCAAUAGUGGGAAAGUGGUGAUGACCAAGUGGUUAGAGCAAUUGACUUUGAACAUGAUAAUGAGGAUGAUCAAUGGGAAGAGGUACGCCGGCGCAGUGCACGGCGGCGCUGGUGGCGGAAGUGGCGGUGGUAGGCCGUUUCAGGAGAUUGUGAGGGAGUUCAUGUACGUGUCGGGGCAGUCCGUGCCAUCGGACAUAAUCCCGUUCUCUCCAUUGAAAUGGAUCGAUUUCGGAGGUUAUAUCAAGUCGAUGAGGAGAAUUUCCGAGGAAGUGGGAGUGGUUUGCGAGCAAUGGAUCGAUGAACAUGUCGCCGAGGGGCGGAAAUUGGACCGAAUUGAAGAAUCCGACUUCAUCGAUGUGAUGCUUGCAGCCGUCGACGAUAAGUUUACAAGAUUCGGAUUCGACCACAAGACUAUAAUUAAGGCAACCAUAUCGGGCCUAAUCUUGGCGGGCUCGGACACGACAUCGGUCCACAUGACAUGGAUAGUGUCGCUUCUUCUAAACAACGAUCAAGUUAUGCAACGAGCGAGAGCCGAGAUAUCCGAGAAAGUAGGAAACGAAAGAUGGGUGCAAGAAUCGGACAUCAAAAACCUAGUCUAUCUCCACGCCAUCGUAAAAGAAGCGCUCCGGCUCUACCCGCCGGGGCCAUUAGCCGUACCCCACGAAGCCAUAGAAGAUUGCAACAUAAGCGGGUAUGACAUCCCGAAGGGCACGCGAGUCAUGGUUAAUUUGUGGAAGUUACAUCGGGAUCCAAGCAUGUGGACCGAUCCGGAUAGGUUUGUCCCGGAGAGGUUCUUGAUGGAGAAUCCCGGGGUCGACUUCUCGGGACACCAUCACGAGUUUAUUCCGUUCGGGUCGGGGAGAAGGGCGUGCCCGGGGGCUAGUUUUGCGAUGCAAGUGACUUACUUGACGAUUGCGCGAUUAUUGCAAGGAUUUGAUAUUACAAUAGUGUCGGGAAAUGGUGUGGAUAUGAAAGAAGGAAUGGGAAUCACUUUGGUGAAAGAAUCUCCUUUAGAAGUUGCAGUCACGCCGCGCUUGCCUAGUUUGAUGUACCAAAACUAGCUAGUAGCGAUCAUCACAUAAAAGAUAUGUUUCAAUGACUAUUGUAUUAACUCUCCUAUGUUUUUCAUAUUUACAAGUAUGUUGUAUGAUUGAUAAUAUUUUUAUUCAGAGUAAACAAGUGAUUAAUUAA